AUGAACCUUCGGGCUCUACUGGCUCUCGUCAGUAUAUUGGGCACCGCGGUGGCCGUGGCCAUUCCGAGCUCCGACCAAACGAACUCAUCGGCAUCCAGCGGCCACGGAACCGUUGUUAAUCAUAGUAAACCAUACUAUCUGCAAACAAAGUACGGGCUCAACGCAUCAGAGGAAUACAAAUAUUUCCAGGAACCAGGGAACGACGAGAUCCACGCCCAUUAUGACUCGCGCUUCUUUAAAGAGCCAGUGCCGAAGGAGCAGCGCUCGCAGACGCUGACCCAUAUCGUCCAUUCGUAUUUCAAGUUCUUCAAAGAAAACGAUCUCGAGACCUGGAUUGCACACGGGACCCUGUUGGGGUGGUGGUGGAAUGGCAAGAUUAUGCCCUGGGACUGGGAUAUUGAUACCCAGGUCUCCGAAGCCACGCUACUUCGUCUCGCGGAUAAUUUCAACGGAACCGAAGUCCACUAUAACACCACCAAUCCGGAUGCACAGCACUCCUACCUCUUAGACAUCAAUCCCUGGGCGCGGCAGCGUAAUCGCGGAACGGGAGCAAACAUCAUUGACGCCCGUUGGAUCGACAUGCAGACGGGCCUAUACAUUGACAUCACGGGGCUCAGCCAGUUAAACAAAGAGAAGCCCAAUGAAUGGGGCUGCAAGAAUUACCACAAUUACCUUUUGAACGAUAUAUACCCGCUUCGUGCAACCUUCUUUGAGGGUGUCGCGGCCAAUGUCCCUUACCGGUAUGAGGCGGUCUUAAGGGAUGAAUAUCAUGAUAACGCAUUGACGGAGAUACACUACAACCAUUAUACUUGGAAUCCGGAAAUAGAGGAAUGGGUAUUCGAUGAACCUGUCGAGGAGGGCGAGAAAGACGGGAAGAAAGAUGGAGAGAAAACCGGUGAUGAGAACGGAGAGAAAGAUGAGAAAGAAGGUGAUAAAGACGGGGAAGGGAGUGAUAAACAAUACGAGUAG